UUAGCAAAUCUGCUGUAGCCACAGGAUGGCUGAAGAGCAACAUCACAGCGGCUUUCAUCAAAAGAUGCCGAAUUAAGCUUCAUGCUUGGGAAAGAGAACCUCCUGCAGGAGGGAGGAAGAUAGUGAGUGAGUGUGUGUGUAUAAGCCUGGGCAGUGACACACAAGUGAUGGGUCCGAGGAAGAAGGCCUCUAAACUCCAGCCUAUUGUGGGCACCUGUGAAGGGGAACUGGUCCUGAGACCUAGUGAGCCCAAAGACUACAUCAAUGAGCUGUCCCAUGAAGUCCUCUGUCACAUAUUCAGGUACCUUCCCAUGAAGGACAUCAUGUGUAUGGAGUGUCUGUCCAGAAAGCUUCGGGAAGCUGUGACACUGUACCUGCGAGUGGUCAAGGUAGUGGAUCUGUGUGCUGGUCGCUGGUGGGAGUACAUGCCUUCAGGCUUUACAGACGGCAGCUUUCUGCUCCUUUUGAAGAAAAUGCCAGAUCUGGAGCAGCUAUAUGGCCUCCACCCUCGAUACCUGGAGAGGAGACGAGUCCGUGGCUACGAGGCCUUCAGUAUACCCGGAGUCCUGGAGGCACUACAAGCCUGUCCCAAUAUACUGGGGGUGGAGACAUCCCAUCUGGAGCUGGUGGAAGCCAUAUGGAACUACAUGCCCCAGGUUCAUAUCCUGGGGAAGUUCCGUAACCGUAACGGAGCUUUUCCCAUUCCUGCUGAGAACAAACUGACUAUCCCCAUAACGGCAAAAAUCCAGACACUACAUCUAGUAGGUGUGAAUGUCCCAGAGAUCCCCUGUGUGUCCAUGCUUCGCCACCUUUAUCUGAAGUGGGUCCGUCUCACCAAACCACAGCCGUUUAAGGACUUUCUGUGUGUGAGCCUGAGAACCUUUGUCAUGCGGAACUGUGCAGGACCGACCAACUCCCUCAAAUAUGUUCCCUUGGUUACUGGGUUAGCAUCAGCCCGCAACCUGGAGCAGCUGGAGUUGGUUAGAGUGCCCUUCCUGGGAGGGCUGAUCCAACACGUAGUCGAGGACAGUUGGAGGUCAGGAGGAUUUCGGAACCUCCACACCAUUGUGUUUGGCGCCUGUAAGAACGCUCUGGAAGUGGACUUGGGCUACCUCAUCAUCACCGCUGCUCGCAGGCUUCACGAGCUGCGCAUCCAGCCUUCGCUGACGAAAGAUGGAGUCUUCUCCGCUCUCAAAAUGGCUGAACUAGAGUUUCCUCAGUUUGAGACUCUUCAUCUGGGAUACGUGGAUGAGUUCCUGCUGCAAUGUAAACUGAGUCACUCGGAGAUGGUGAAGUACGGUCUGGCUGAUGUCAUCGAGAACCCCGGCAUCAUCACAGAUAUCGGCAUAAAGGUGGUGAACGAGGUGUUCACUAAUAUUAAAUACCUGCUCAUCUACAAUUGUCCACACCUGCAUAACCCUCACCACUGGAUCACAGAUCAGUCCAGAUGGAGUCGCCUCGUUGACCUCACUCUGGUCCGCUGUCAUGCCAUCAAACUAGAAUCCUUCGCCCAGUUCAUAGAGUUACUGCCCAGUCUGGAGUUCAUCUGUCUGGACCAGAUGUUUCGAGAACCACCCAAGGGCUGUGCCAGGGUAGGCCUGAGUGCAGGAACUGGUAUUGGAGUGUCCUCAGCACUGGUCAGCAACCAGAACUCUAACAAUGACAACGACAACAACAACAACAACAACCACCACCACAACAACAACAAUGAGGCCAACAUGCCUGCUGCUCCUCCACCUGUCGUCAACAACAUCAUCAACAACAACAACAACCAAAGACGGCAGCAGAACAAUGCACCAGUGGAGGUAAAUGGGAUGGAAGAGGUAGAAGAAGAGGAGGCGGUGCUGUUGGAGGAGGACAACAUGGAGGCUGGUCCUCAGAUGGAGCUGAAAAGAACAGAAGGGGAGGUGAGAGUUGAUGUGGCUGACGGUUGUCCAGCAGGAGCGCCACACGCUCCUGAUGAGGAGCAAGCAGGUCCAAGUGGUUUAGUCCAGCAGUGUAGACCAGCCUGUGCCACUGUUCCAAAGCCCCCGCUGGUCAUCUCGGACUCCGACAGUGAAGAAGAGGAAGGCCUCGUUUCGAGGCUAAUGCCAGCUUCCUGUUUGCAGCAGCCAGCUUCCUGUUCAGAAGGUAAAGGAAAGACUCCAGUGAGGCGGGGCAACAAUGUGGCUGUAUCGGAGGCGAUCUCGGCAAAUGAGACAAAGACUCUGGUGUUGGACAGCAGCUGUGAGAAGAGCUGUCAGGUGACAAGUGAACAGAUUAAGGCUGACAUGAAGGCUGCUGUGGAGAACAGCAGGAGGACUAGCGUUAAAGGAAUUGCCACCGAGGCUGUGGAGACUGCUGCAAGACCUGGGGCUGACAGUGGGCCACUACGGGGUCCUGGGGCAGCAGCAAGGACCGGGGUGAGGCCAGUGACUGGAUCAGUGGGCAGAGUUGGCCCUGGAGCAGCCACAUCCAGGCAGGUUGGUGGAUGUGGGAGGCUGGUGGUGGGGAACAGCCACCAAGCAACCACAACCACUGACAGAGCGACAGGAACUGGCAGGACUAACGACUACGCGGAAAGCCCUUCUGGUACACGGACUGGGGCCAGUUGCACAAGGGAGACUGGGGUGAGGCAGAGCUCUGCUCCUGCCUGUGCUGACAGUCUGGAUCCCAGAGCUGCUGCUGUAAACCAUGCUGCUAGGAGACCAGCGCAGCCGACAGGACAGGGACAACGAUUGCCUACCCCUGCUGGAUCGCCCUACGCUACCUUUUCAGGUUCACAGAAGGGUGAGGCCACAGACGAGGACUUCAUUCCUAGGCGGCCUUUGACCCGAUCCUGCACUCGUACGUCCUCUGUGUCCCUGAUAUCUGAGACGGAUCUUUCCAGAGCCAGGCCUCGAGUAUCAGUGAGGAGGAAACGAAUGGCCGACAAGUCCACCAGCACCUCGGACCCGGUCACUGAGGACGACCACGUACAGAUUUUGUCUCUGAAGAGUAAGAACCUGGUGGGCAUCACGCUGACCAACUGUGGGAUCACUGACCUAGUCCUCAAAGACUGCCCCAAGAUGAUGUUCGUUCAUGCCACCAGAUGUCGAGUGUUGAAACAGCUGCGGGUCGAGAGCGCUCCCAUCGUGAACAGGUUUGAUUACGCUCAGUGUAAAAAGCUGGACAUGGAACAGGUCCUGGAUCAGAUCCUGAGAAUGCCUCCCGAGAGGAACCGCAUCAUCUACAUGCGCCCUAUGCACCAGAUCGACUCGGUAGCGUUGGAGCGGCAGCUCUUCCAGGGGCCCUAUCCCUAUCACAUCGCUAUAGUGCACGAGUUCAGCAACCCCCCAAAUAUACGCAACAAGGUUCGCAUUCGCAGCUGGAUGGACACAAUAGCCAACAUCAGCCAAGAGUUGAUCAAGUACGAGUUCUUCCCAGAGGCUACGAGGACGGAAGAGGAUGUGAAGAAGAAUCCCACAUACCCCUGGGGCCGGGAGAUCUAUACACUGGAGGGACUGGUGGAUGGUGCACCAUACAGCAUGAUAACAGACUUCCCCUGGCUGAGGACUCUGAGAGCAGCUGAUCCCAACAGUUAUGCCCGCUAUGACUUUGAGGACGACGAAAGCACCACCAUCUACGCACCCAGGCGUAAAGGCCAGCUGUCAGCGGACAUCUGCAUGGAGACCAUCGGGGAGGAGAUCUCAGAGCGCCGACAAAGCAAAAGAGGAGUUUUUCAGAGGGUGGUGGUGCUCUUCCUCCAUCACUGUGAUACACCAGGAGAACCUGUGGAUGAUGACUACAUCUAGACGAAGAGGGGGGUCCCAACAGAUGACGGUCCUGCAGCGCUGCCUAAGCUCCUGACUGCCACGCUUUUAUUUUGGAGAAGAGACGGACAUGGAGAUGUUGUCGUUUGGAUGAGGUUCACGGCCUAUAUCUGAUGCUGAUUUUCUUAAUAUUUGAGCAAAAUCUUAAAGCCUGUAUGACCGCCCUAGAACUGUACAUUCUGAAAUAAAACAUCUCUAAUAUAGUUCUGUUUUGGCCAGUAUUGACGUCAUAACCCCGGGCAACUGCACAGCUGCUUGUCUAUCUUGCAAGGAAGGGUUAUGCUCCUUGUCUGAUCGUUCACCCGUCCACCGCCAAAGUCUGCCUACCUCUGCACCACAUAUGUGACCAAUCAGACAGAAAUGGCCUUAGACAGAAAUGUCAAAGAAGAUAUACUUUUAAAUUCAGUUUUAAGUUGUUUUUGUCUUAACCUGCAGAAGAGUUGAAGGUUCUGGAUAGUGGACAAUGUGUCAUGGCUUUGCUUUUUACCACAAGCACUAGAUGGGAAAAGAGGCCGAGGUGUUCAGUGGAGCUGAGAAAAUGGAGCACUCGCUGAUUAACAUUCCUUCAGUUGAUUCUCGUAGGAAGCAUCGGUCCUCUUUGUGUGACGGGUCCGUUAAAGAUGAAAGCCCCACUGCCAGGGAAACUGCUGGAUUCAUGAACGAGUUUGUGUAGCUCCAGUUGUCACUAAUCCAGCCUGAUGAGUCACAACACUUCCAUGCAAAUAUGACAUGCCCUGCAUGGUUCAGUCAUGCUGAGACGCACUCGCUCUUGACUGAAUGGCUGCAAGUUUGGCUUUGUUGCAGUUCUGACCUUUACCAAUGACCCAACCAAAUGCUUUUGAUUGGAUCAGUAAGCUGUGUGUGUAUAUAUAUAUAUAUAUACACACACACACACGGCUGGAAUUAUCUAAUCUUUCUUAUUCCCAUCUCCAGACGGAUUGUAAAUGAGGAAUGUUUGGAAAGUUUGUUUGACCGUAAGAACUCUUGCUUCACUUAUUAAUAAGUCUGAGACUAUUGUAUUAUUAAGUGGCGAUACUCCUAAAGUAUUUUUUGGGUCUGCUCUUGGUCUCUGAACUAUCACACUGUUUUCAUUUUCAGACUUCAUUUUCAUUGCUCAGGAUUGUUUCUUUCUUCUAGCUUCCUCUAAAUGAUUUCAUUGGCCAUGUCGACGGACAGCUCUGUUCUGAAGGACUAAGAGCAGUGGACAGGACUGCCUGUCCAGGUUUAAGACGUAUCAGGUUUGGUUCAGAAAGAGGCGCAACUUGACUGAAUGUUCUCUAUCAAAGGAACUGAAACUGCUUUUUGCAGGUUGAAUGAACGGAAUAUGAUGCAAGUUGAGACUUCUGUUUGUGUAUAGACUGUACAGAUGUCAUGGCUAAAGAUACGCUUCCAUGGUGUUUAUAUGUUUAUAAUGAAAAAACAAGACUAUUUCACAUUGAAAAAUAAAAUAACCAAAAAGAA